AUGGAUUCUCCGAAAAGAAAAACUGACGAUCAGAAUACGGAAGGAGUGAAUGAUAUCGAAAUGACUGACGAGAAGGAGUUUUUAGUCGAAAAUGAAAGUAAAUUAUUUUGCAAAGAAACUGACGAUCAGAAUACGGAAGGAGUGAAUGAUAUCGAAAUGACUGACGAGAAGGAGUUGUCUUUAAAUGUGUUGAAGAAUAAGAAAAAUAAGAGGGAAAAGGAUAACAAACCAAUUGUUGGGCAAAAGACUAUUUAUAAUAUGAAUGAAUCAGUGGAGGAAUUGCGUUCAGAAAGUGAUUGGAAACACUUCCAUACCUCCACUUCAACCCCAACGUCACUACAAACACAUAUCCCCGACUUAAACAUCUCGAGUAUUAGCUCUGAAGGCAAUGACUCGGAUAUGUUGUUUGAGAGGCAAUUGUCUCGCUUUCAGAUAACCGAUGAAAUCACUGAAUCGUUAAAUUAA